GUCAAACCAGGCUGCGAGUGAAAGCACUCCUGCCAUCUCAUUGAUGAUGUCGAGCAUGGGGACGACCUUUGCUCCGAUCACCACUGUAGGAUCGAUUGGCAUGAUCCCAAUCAUGUCAACCCCUACUCCUACGCCGACGACAACAAUGUUCCCAGGCUCGAUAACAACGCCUGGUGGAGCAUUCACACCAUACCCGUCAGCUUGGGCUCAGUUUGCUCCUGACCCGGCAAAUGCUCAGGCUCUACAGGGCUAUCAACAGGUGAUGGCCAUGAUGCAACAGGCAGGGGGCUUCAUGCCAUUUGCCUAUCCCGGCAUGACGCCACCAAUCAUGCCACCUUUGGUGUCGACCCCGUCGACAUUUGUCCCUAGGAUGGUCCCUAUACAUCCGGUGAAUCUGACGGGGACCAUGAAUGAAGCAGCACCCUCAAAUGUCCAUGAGAUCGAUGAGGCGGAGCAAGAGGCGGCCCGCAGGAGGAAGGGUAAGGCCAUAGCCAAACCCAGCAAGACCCGAGAUUCGGCUUUCAAACGCCUAGGAGACAAAGAGGAUGGACCCCGCAAGUCUGCCAAGCUACGUCUUGGUCCUGAGAUGGGCCGGAAUAGCGCAAUGGAAAGACUUGGCGGGAGUCGUCACGCCCAAUCUCAUCGUUCUAGGGAAUCUGAGAUGAUUCACCAAGACGAAGAGGAAGUAGAAAACCAGCCGAGGGCGUCGGCAUAUACCAGACUCUCAUACGAUGAGGAUGACCUGGACAAGAUAGGGAGCGUGGCAAGGAAACUACGUGCCCUGGAGGAAAAGGUGGAAGAGAAGGCGGGAGCGAAAAAGCACACCUUGGCUAAAUCUCCCUUUUCGACCAGGGUACAUGCGCAGAGGUUGAGGCGGAAGAUUAAGCUGGACGUGGAGAAAUUCACAGGAAAGGAGGAUCCAAACGUCCACCUUGACACCUUCCACAAUGCAGCACAAAUGGCCGGGUGCACUGAUGCUGAGGAAUGCCUACUCUUCUUCUCAUCCUUGAGAGGGAGGCCAGUGGAAUGGGGGCCUGAGAUUGGCCAAAACGCUACAAAUCACAUGCCUCAGGAUCAAGUCCAAUUCAAGCUUGGUGGUAGGCCACAUCAAGGAGAGAAAAUGCAGAAAUACAGAGACUUGGCAAGGGCACUAUUGAAGGACCUGACUGAGUAUGUGAUGGAGCAAAUCCCUAGGGGGGAGAACACCGAUGCCGACUUACUAUCAAAGUUGACGCAAGCAGCCCCGGAGCAUGUGUCCAAGCUGGCCAGGAUUGAGACGCUGGAGAAAGCCAGCAUUGAGGGGUUUUCUGUUAGCGUGAUUGAGGAAGAUGGACAACCCAAUCCAGGCCUGGUGGAACCAGAUGAUAUUUGGAUGGAUGACUUGGUCAAGUAUUACAUGACCGGGCAAUUUCCUGAAAACGAGGACAGGGUGAGAAAAGUAAAGUUGAGGGCUCCAAGAUUCCAAAUGCUCGAGGGAAGGCUAUACAAAAGAGGGGUCGGUGGUCCAUUGCUAAGGUGCUUGACCAGGCCAGAGGCGGAAAGGGUGGUCGCCGAAGUUCAUGAGGGUGUCUGCGUCGCCCACCAAAUGUCCAGGACGCUCGCGCAAAGGAUCAUUUUGCUAGGUUAUUUCUGGCCUACAAUGAACCAAGAUUGCGAGAGAUAUGUCCAGAGAUGCAAGAUUUGCCAGGUAUUCUACAAGUUUCCGGGAAGGCCUGCAACAUACUACCACCCAGUUUCCAAUGUUAUUCCAUUCGCAAGGUUUGGGAUGGACAUCAUUGGGGCCUUCCCUCAAGCUCAAGGAAGAAAGAAAUAUGCUUACUCAGCUUCAUCGCUGAGCGUGUAGUAUGUUUUAUUUGCUACACGCAGGUAGACAGAAUGAGUGAAUGGCAUGUCCUUGGCAGCGGAAGGGGCGAGACAGUCGUGGUGGAUUUAUUGAGAAAAUAAAUGAUUCUGUUAUUA